GCUCACGUGACCUGUGCGUGUGACGCGGACUCUGCGGUCGCUCCUGUUAAAAUGUCUCUGAACUGAAGAAUGAGCAGAAAGCACAUUAGGAACUAAAUAGCUAAAGCUCUCAAUGAAUUGGCAAAGGCUAAGGGAAGUUUUGUGUCUUGAGAAAGACCUUAACAUAUCUUCUUGAAGAUGAGCAAGAAACCCCCUAAUCGACCUGGGAUCACUUUUGAGGUUGGAGCCAGAGUGGAAGCUCAGGACUAUCUUCAAAAAUGGUAUCCUUCACGUAUUGAGAAGAUUGAUUACGAUGAAGGGAAGAUGCUUGUCCAUUUUGACCGCUGGAGCCAUCGAUAUGAUGAGUGGAUUUUGUGGGAUAGCAGUAGACUACGUCCUCUAGAGAGACCAGCACUCCGUAAAGAGGGACUCAAAGAAGAGGAAGACGUGUCUGAGAGACUCGGCGAGAUGAGAGCAUCUCGCCUGCGUGAGCUUCCUGGAUGUACAGAGAGCACAGAGGACCUAACAGACUUGCCACAGCAGAGACAAGAAUUGAAGAAUGGUGAGGAAGUUCUUGCCCGAUGGACUGAUUGUCGUUACUACCCUGCCAAGAUUGAAAGUGUCAACAAAGAGGGAACCUACACAGUUCAGUUUUAUGAUGGGGUUGUUCGCUGUGUGAAAAGAAUUCAUAUCAAAUCUAUGCCAGAGGACGCCAAAGGACAACAGGAUUGGAUUGCCCUUGUGAAGGCAGCCUCAGCUGCUGCCAAGAGUAAAGGAGGGUGUAGGCCUCGCACUAGUGCCAACAGCAACAAAGACAGAGAGGACAGAACAGAGCUCAGGUUUGAUGAGCUUGAAGAUGAGGAGGAUAACGACGCAGAUUCUGACAGACUCGCCUCUUCUGAUGAAGAAGACUGUAAGCCUUCCCCUGAAGAGCUUGAGAUGGCUAAAACAAAAAGAAGAAGAAGCAGACAAGGCAGUUUCUGUAAUGUGAAAAGAGCUCGCCUCAACAAAGUGGCAGGAUGCUCCAAAAAUGAGAGUGACAGCAAAGAAGACCUUCCAAUAUCUUCACAACAGAUUUCCUCACAGAGAGGUCCUCCAGCCAGUACCAGCCCAGGGGAGGAGGCAGCGCUGUCUGUUGUUGCCCAAAGGCACCCGGUGCCUCUCUCCAGCACCUCCCCAGGUACAUCUCGGUCCAGGAGACUGAAACAUGAUUCUGGAGAGUCCACCAUCAGCAGCACAAGUACAGCAGCAGAGCCCAACCCCUCACCCAGCUCUGUUCACACCCUCCCAGAUACGCAAACAGCCACUCCAAGCUCUCCUCAGAGACGGAGAAGAUCUCAACGCCUAGCAACAACCGUUGACCCAACCUUCCCCCCUUCACCACUUAACCGGGAUUCCACCCACAACCCACCCCCGACAGACAACACUCAGAGAGCAGAUGAUGGUGAUAGCUGCAUGGUGACUGCUGAAUCAACUUUAAACAAGCCAAGUACAGCAUCUCCCACCGUACAUACCCCCUCAGUUUCUGCCCCUGCAACUGCUCAGUCUCCAGUUACUGAGAAGGAAAAGAUGACUGACAUGUUGCUAAUAAAUCAUACGUCAGUAGGAGAGAAAUCUUCACCUGUUGUAACAGCUGCUGGUUUAAAAACUGCCUCCAGGACCCCUAAAGCCAACAAACACACCAGGGAGCCAAUUAUAAAUACCAAACGAUCUGAUGACCCCACAUCUUCCAAUGAACCUUUGGUUGACCUGGACCACAAUAAGUUCAAGUGUCAAAUUCCUGGCUGUUCUAAAGCCUUCCGGAAAGCCAAGCUACUGGACUACCAUCUGAAGUAUUACCACAAUACCGAUAAGGAGCUGGAGAGUGAAGUGUGCUCACCUGAGAGAGGUGGUCGCACAAGGGCCACAUCUGCCUCUGUACCCACCAGCACCCUAGUGGAGAUACCAGACAACAAGAGGCGCAGAACAGUCUCAACUUCCUCCUCUCUGUCUCCACAAGGCCACAUGCUAUCGCUGGACUGUGCUGGUUCCUGCCCAAAGCCACCCAAGUUCUGUAAAAAGAAGCGAUCAUCUGCCUCUGUGAGCUCAGAUAGCACUGAAGUUUCACUGCCUCCUCCUUCUAAAGAGAAGACAUUUGAGAACUUCCAUGACAAGAUCCUCAAGAAGGUCAUUGAUAAGGACAAGCACCUGGAUGCAGGACUGUGUAUAAAGACUGAGAGGAAAUUCAAAAUAGAAGAUAAAUGCCAGCUCAUUGGAAAAAAGAGGGAUAAAGAACGCAGAGACCGAAAAGAAAAAGACCCUUUCAAAAUUAAACAGAAGAAAAAGAAGAAGAAAAAGAAGAAAUCUAAGCAGCACUGUUACUCUGACAUGGAAGAGGUUUCUUUGUCCUACUUGGAGAGAUCACCUUAUCCUAUUCAUCGCUCUUCCUCUAACUCCUUCUCUAAACACUCAGCCUUCCAGUACCCCCGUGCCAUACUGUCAGUUGAUCUCACUGGGGAGAACCUGUCGGACAUAGACUUCUUGGAGGACUCAACUACAGAGUCCCUGCUGUUCAGUGGAGAUGAGUACAACCAGGAUCUGGACUCUCUCACCAUGGAGGACUUUCAGGAUGAAGAGAUUGAGUCUACUAAUGAGAUUGUCCGCUGUAUCUGUGAAAUGGAUGAAGAGAAUGGCUUCAUGAUUCAGUGUGAAGAGUGCAUGUGCUGGCAGCACAGUGUUUGUAUGGGGCUGCUUGAGGACAGCAUCCCUGAACAAUAUAUAUGUUACAUCUGCCGAGACCCACCAGGGCAGAGAUGGAGUGCCAAAUAUCGUCAUGAUAAAGACUGGCUAUAUAAGGGUCAUAUGUAUGGCUUGUCCUUCCUGACGGAAAACUACUCGCAUCAAAAUGCCAAGAAGAUUGUCUCUACCCAUCAGUUAUUGGCUGAUGUUUACAGUGUUAAAAAGGUGCUUCAUGGUCUACAGCUCAAGAUGGACAUCUUACAGAACAAACACAAUCCCAGUUUGCACUUGUGGGCUCGUUCCUGGGUGAACUCUGACGAGGACCAGCCUAUGGGUGGAGUUCCAGACUGUAUCCUGUUUCAGGAGCACUUCAAUCAGAACUCAAACACUGACACCUACAUCACCAGCGAGCACAGCUACCAGAAGCCUUCUGGCACAGGCCACCAACACACACAUGAGCAGGGGUCCCAGACUCCCUCUCAGACACUCUUGUUUGUACCAAAGGAGGAGGAGGUGAGUAGUGCUAUUUCACUUUCUGGCUGUGUGAGGGAGAGCAGCUCGGGACAGGUAGAGCAGGCUAGAAACUGUCUGCAGUGGCAGAUGAACCUGCUCACACACAUAGAGGAUGUUCAGAACCAGCUGGCUGGCCGGAUGGAUCUCAUUGAGAAAGAGCUGGACGUGUUGGAGAGCUGGUUGGAUUUCACUGGAGAGUUGGAGCCUCCGGAUCCUCUGGCCAGACUGCCUCAGCUCAAGUGCCGAAUCAGACAGCUGCUUACGGACUUGGGAAAAGUGCAACAGAUGAGCACACUGUGCUCUGUGUAAGCAUGCUCAUAGAAGCAAGGUGAACUUGUAAGGGCUCUGUGUGUGCUUGUCUGGUCCUUUGGACACAACAGCACAUACAUGCAGAACCUAAAACAUGCUGCAUACUGUUAAAGAGAGACAGUCCAUGGCAUGUAGUCUCCACUGAGCAGUAGCAGUUACAAGACAAAGAAAGAGCUGUGCUCUCGGGACUUGCAGACUGUGGGCAAAAAGUGUGUUCUGUUACAGUUUCAACGAAGGAUGAAGUGACGUCAUCUGUACAGUUGAACACAGUGAGUCCACUUGUUUGCAAUUAGCAGAGUCUGAGUAACUAUACAUUAGCAUAGGGUGUUCCCUUUCGUCCCUGUUAGAAAUGCUCAUUAUAAUAAAGUUAAUUUCACAAUAUAGCACAAAGAAAAUGUGCUAUAACAAAGGAGGAUUUGGAAAGAUCACUCUGAAGAACUCUUUGUCCAAGAAAGAGACUCAUGAAAUAAUAUUUCUGGUUUUAAGUAAUACUGAGUUAGUGUUAUUUGAAUGCGUUUAAAGACAUUUCUUUUCACCUGUCCACUGUAUGUAUGAAUUCCAAAAAGAAAAAAAAUCCAUUCAGUUCUUAUUUGGACCACAUUAGACUCAGUAGUGGAAAAAAAAGACAUCAGAUAAAGACAUAUUAAAGUAUCUGUAUUCAUUUAUUGCAACAAUAUAAUAAAACAACUUAAUUACAUGAAUGAUAAUUUCUAAAAACACCAGGUACAUGUCUUUGAGGCAACGUCUUGGGGCCUGAUUAUUCUCGACUGAAAAACCUUUUAGGGUUGGUUUCCUAGACAUGGAUUAAAUCUAGUCCUGGACUUCACAGAAGUGUGAAUGAAGCUUCUCUGUUGGAGGGAAAAUGUUGGAUUAGGUUUAAUCCAUGUCUGGUAAUCGGACCCUUAAUGUUUAAGACCCAUCUUAAUCUGGGUCCAGCAGACCAACCCCUAAACAGGGAUUAAAUUUUGUUGGUUAUUAAGGUACAGUGUACCAGUGGAUAACCUUUGCAGAAAGUGAUCUAGUCUUAUGUUUUGGAUCAGUCUCUGCUGUACUUGUUGUAAAGGGCCCCUGACAGUUGACUCACAUUUAAGCAGUACUCAGUUUUCAAAUAGGAGGCAUCUAUAAUUUUCACUGUUAGUUUGGCUCUCUGCAGAACUUGUUGACACUCUAAUCAGAAUCAGCCAUUUUAACAGUGAAUUUCUACCCAGGCAGCUGGUCCAGGAUAGGUGACUACACAGCAUCUUGCUAUCCAUUAUAGUCUCAUUAUCCAGCUUUUGUGUCAGUUUGUUAUUUUGAGUGUCCUCAGCACAGCAAGCUGUUCUGAAGCUGGGUGUAAAUGUGUUUUUUAAGCAGAUUAGUUCAGUUUUUUGGGGGGAGAAAUGUAUAUACUAUUUGUAUGUACUGUAAAGAUGCGGAAAGAGAAACUAAGGUAUAGUAGGACUAUAUACUUGAAAUGUCUGUUUAUUCAACAUUUAUAUCAAUCUGUAUAAAGGUGUUUAGAACUGAAGUUGAUUUUGAUGAGAUACCAGCUGUACAUUAAAGAGUUUAUUUAAAAACUUGAUGCAAUUAACUUUAUGUACUUCAAUAAAGGAUAUUCUGACUAUU